AUGAUUUUUUUACUAAAUAUUUUCUCUGUGGUUUUUCCAUUUAUUUUAUAGAACAGAGCCAGGAGGAUGCAAAUGCACCACCUUGCAUCCCCCUCGUGGCGCCCAUGUAUAUAUAUAUGUGUGUAUGUGUGCAUGGCGUGUGCGCGCGCGCGCGCGUGUGUGUGUGUGUGUGUGGAGAACUCUCUCCUAUACAAGUUUAAAAAAAGACCGCACGAGUUAAUUUUAUGUAUUUGAACGUGAAUUACAACAAAUAUAUAUACAUAUAUGCAUUAAUUGAUUUUUGUUUUUAUAUGAUUAUUCUGCUUAUUUGAUAGGGGAGAGGAGGAUUUUAUGUAAGUUAGGUUAGGCAAACAGAUGACUUGUUUAUGUCACCUGUUGCUUCGACGUCAAAUGUGAUGCUAAUUUAUGUGUACCAUAUAUAUAUGUUACAUUUUGAUUGUUUUUUAAAUUAAAAUUUUAUCUUCUGGAUAAUGUAGCAACAAGUAUAGAUUGAUCAUCGCAAGUAGAUGAUUUCGUGAUGACUUCAUCGCGUAUUUUUAUCGACACGUGCAAAUGUUGCAGUAUGGCCAGGCUAUAUAAAUCUUUAAUGAGAUGGAGAAUCAAAAAGUAAGGCUCAAACAAGAUUAAAGUAUGUGCAAGAAAGGAUCUUAUUAAUGAGAUAAGUGAGAUCAACAAAGGUUAAAUGUAAUGAUCAAAGACCUGAAUAGAGUAGAUUCUAUUCGUUGGUUUAGUAUUACUGGAUCAUUUGGCAUUAGUGUCGAGAAGACUGGAUUAUAUAUAUAAUUUCUACUUUGCACUGAUAAAAUGCGUUUUCGAUUUUUAAAACAGAGAUCUGUGUUUUUAAUUGGUUUUGGAAUUGGUUUCGUUUUUCCAUUAUUACUGUUUUUAUUAAGGAAUAUAUUUGUGGUUGAAAUGACGUGUGAAGAUCAACCAUUGUGGCAGCCUGAAUAUUAUCUGAGUAAAUUACCUUAUCACGAAGAGAUUGUUUUACGGCAUUGGGAGAAAGUGAAGAAAUCGUCUGGCUAUUUUAAUAAUAUUACAUACUACACUUGGUUGGCAGCGCAAAACUUGAAAUUACACAAACUUGAUUUGGAUAGCUAUUUAUAUGAACCUCAAAGAAGAUACAAUAUAAGAGAGCUUGAAAGCAUAGAAUGGAACUGGUUAAAAGAACGAGUAUCUGUUACAUGUAUUGUUUUUGUAGAAAAAGUCAAAAUGGGAAAGUCAAUCCAGGCUACAUGGGGUAAACGCUGUAACAAUAUUUAUUUCUUUGCGCGUCAUGUGAAAGACGCCGAAUUGCCUAUUAUAAAUAUAGAUACAAAGAUUCUAUCUUCUUGGCAAUUGCUAUGUGAAGCUAUGAAUUAUAUUUGGAAGAAAACGACGCAUAAAUUGGAAUGGAUUAUUUUCAUAAGAGAUAAUACUAUAGUUGUACCAGAGAAUCUCCGCUACAUGAUUGCUCCAUUAGACUACAAAGAUGAUUACUAUCUGGGUCAUCCCAUAGUUUUAUGGGGUCAAACUUAUAACGUCGCUCAAUCUGGAUACGUUCUUAGUAGAGGGGCAUUGGCUAAAGUGAUGCAAAUGUUUAAUACUACAGAAAAAUGCCUUACUGGGGGGAAGUAUUGGAAGAAGGAAGAUUAUUAUCUUGGAAAACACCUGUCCUCUUUGGGCAUACAUCCGUCCGAUACCAGAGAUCAGUACUUAAGAGAUACUUUCCAUGGUUAUUCUUUACAAAACCUUCUGUGGGGUGUCAUUAGACCGGAUAGCUACUUUACACAUGCUGUUUAUCCGACGAAAAAGGAAUGCUGCUCGCCGAUAUCCGUGACUUUCAGUGUCAAUGAGCCCGACAAAAUGUAUACCCUGAAUUAUUUGUUGUAUCACUUGCAUGUAUUCAAUGGCAAAAGCAAAUUUGGUAAUAUACCCGCCAAGAUGCCAGUACCCGAAGAUAGUGUGUGGAAGAUUGCACUGCAGGAGGAAUUCAACAUCACGCAUUUAAGCGAUAUAUCAAGUGAUGCUUAUUAUGAAAUAUGGCAUUCGAAAUAUUCGGAACCAGGGCAGUUGAGAGUUGCUGAAAAUAAUCGAAUGGCGCCGAAUAUGUUAAAUUGUUUAUUGGCGAAUUACAAAGCGGGAAACAAAUCGACUAAUUGUAGAAGUAAAAUUGUCGACAAUACAAAAACCUGAGGCGUUAGAACAUUAAUUAUUACAGCAUUAUUAUAACGAUCAAGAUGGAAGAUUUACAAAAAACCAAUAGACGGUGAAUAUCUUCAGUCUUGUAGUACACGAUUAUUUAUGCAUUAAGAACGCGAUAUAAAUUUUGGCAGAUAAGUAUAUUAACAAUAAAGAUAACGUUAUUUGA